GGCAGAGGCUGCCGCCUCUCCCUCUCUGCUCUGAUUGUUCUGCCAGGAGCAGGUGUGGGACUUACAGACCCCAGGGCAGAGCAGGCUACACGGGUAAUAGUGUGUCAGCUUCACUCAUCUACAGCUUCACCGUCGCGCCACUAUGGCAGCCUGCAGCAGAAGGCGAUUGCUGAGGGCUGCUGUCGUGGAGGUGCCCCCCUCCCCUUCAUAUGCACAGAUGUUUGCACAAACACAAUGCCUAGAAACAGAUCAGGACCCGUUGCCAGCGAGGAACCCGGCUGAUUCCCUGCCCCAGUUACUGCAGAUGACAAAUCGGCUUCUCUAGACCGGGAAAGACUUUAUCACCAUUCCCCAGGAGCUCCUGCUAAUCGUCUUUCCAGGCACAGGAGCUAAGAGAUAACAAGACCAAGUCAUGCAGUCUUUUCGGGAAAGGUGUGGUUUCCAUGGCAACCAACAGAACUACCAACCAUCUUCACAGGAUUCCUCACGCCUGGAGAAUUACAGGCAUCAAAGUCACCCGGGGCUCAACUGCGUGCGUCAGAGGCAGAUCACCAAAGGCUACUAUGCCCAAGGGUCCUUUCAAGGCUACGAGAACAACACAGGGGAGAAAUACCCCCGGGGUGACAAGCACAUGAACGUCCAACAGCUUCAAGGCAGGGUCUCUUUUGCCAGCUUCCCUGAGGGCAACGUGUACCCUGGACAGUAUUCUGGGGAAGAUGGGCUGCAGAAUUGGGGGCAAUCUCAGGAUUUGAGUGGUACGAAAUAUGAGGAAAACAUAAUAAAGAAGACAUCUGGAGAAGGCAGGGGAUACCAAGAUCCAGCUACACAGAUACCGUUCCGCUCUCAUUCUCUACACCACCCGCAGCAGCCAAAUCUCCCCUAUGCUAAGCUUCCCCGCCAGAAGGUUCAAAGUGUCCAGAAUGAUGUCCCAUCUUCUCCCCUCUCUUUUUCCCAGUCUCCUCACUUCAACCAGAAUUUCCCCACAUCCACAUAUUCCUCUGUUCCAGGAAGCAGCCCAGUAUCUCACUCCUUUAAGAGCUGCACAGCCCCAUCUAACCCUCCUCAUGAACGUGCCAUGGCUACUGCUGGCCAGCGGGUGCAGCCCAUCCAUGGCUACCAGUCAUCUAGAAUGAGUUCCUAUGAGCAAACACAACGCCAUCAUGCACAGGAAACUUUGCACUACCAGAAUAUGGCCAAGUACCAUGGCCAACAUUAUAGCCAACAAGGCCAAGCGUACUGCCAGCCUGAGGCUCCCAGCAGGACUCCAGAGCAGUAUUAUCAAACGUUCAGCCCCAGUGCCAGCCAUUCCCCAGCCCGAUCAGUGGGUAGAUCCCCAUCUUACAGUUCUACUCCUUCUCCCCUGAUGCCAAACAUUGAGAACUUUCAGUAUAACCAGCAGCAGCAUAAUACUAAUACAUUCCCUAUAGGUAUUUCUGAUCACAGUCACUACAUGCCUCUAUUGAACCCAUCACCAACGGGCACCUCCAGCCCUGAGUCGCAGACUAAAAACUUGCAGAACGACAAAAUCCCAGAGACUUUGCUGUCUGACCUGAGUCUUCAAAGCCUCACAGCUCUCACAUCCCAAGUGGAGAACAUCUCCAACACCGUCCAGCAACUACUUCUGUCCAAGUCUGGCAUUCCCCAGAAGAAAGGGGUUAAGACUUCUCCCAGGACCGCAGAGCAAAUGAAGGGUCAGCAUUGCAGUUCAGAAAGCAGCACUUACUCUUCUGAACAAAUGGGAACGCCACUUUCAGAAACUCUGGGCACGCCACAAUCUGUACAUGCAGAGAUUCAGGAUGCAGACUACCUUAGUGGCUCAGAGGACCAGCUAGAAAGAAAUUACUUGUACUGUGGUCCAGGACAAAGCCCAGGCAGAGCUAACAGUACAAAAAUGAAACCAGAAUCCAUCUCCACAUGCUCUGUGACUUCACCUGACAACCUGUCGACAAAGUCUGAUGACUCAUUUCAAAGCAUCCACGCCAACCUUCCUCUGGAGACCUUUGCCAAGCUGGUGAGCAGUGACAGGCAGUGUCCUCACUUGCUGGUUAAUGCUCUGUCCCAAGAAGAGCUGUCUACAGAAAUCAUUGUUCUGCAAGAUGCUAUCGAUAAUGAAAAAGCUUGGACUGAUUCUCCUGAAUUGGAUAAUAACUCCCCCAAAUCACCAUUCAACUUAGAAAACCAUACUUGUGUAGAAUCAGUGGCAAAAAAUACAUGGGCUGACCAAGGGAAUGCACAACUGUUUCCAGAUGCUAUGAAGAAGAGUGCCCCAGAAAAAUCUCCUUUGAGGAACCACAAUGACUUCGGUGAGGAAUAUUAUGAAAAAAAGGACUUUCCGUCAGUGCCAGCAAAAGUUGCAGAUGCAACAGAAAAUUCAGUUGUUUUGAGUAUAGAAAAAGAUCUUGAGGCUGCCACGUCUAGCGCAAGCUAUACCAGCUACUCAAACACUGUGGCAAACACAACUUGUUCAAAGUCCAAUGACCCUUUCGACUGGCCAGAUAAGAAUAUGACUGAAUCUUGCCUUAGAUGGAAAGAAAUUGAGCUGACUUUUCACUCAUCGGAUCUCCAGAAAGGUUUGUUCCAAAGCAAGGAGAAUAAAGUUGAUAGCCAGCUAGAUGUUCCUGAUGUGGAGACACCACUGGAAAAUGACUCCGGGGAAGAGUUUAAUAAAGAAGUUGCAGAAGACAUGACCUACACAGAAGAUGGCAAAGCAGACAACGAAAAGUGGUUGGAAGAUACCAGGGAUUGUUACACUGAAGAUGAUUUUAACGAUAUCCCAGAUCUCCCAUCCCAAAAAGAAUCUAAUCUGGAACCCGAAGACUAUUCCUCUUUGUGUGACUUCUCUGAAAGAAAAUCUUUCAUAUAUGAUGAAUCCCUUCCGAAACCGACAAGGGAUUCUGAAGCCUUAUCUUCUAUCAAUACACCGGAGUCUAUGGAAAACCCAAGCACGGAAGAGAAGAAUGAUUCUGCGGCAUCACCACUUCUGUCUGGUAAUUCUAUAAUCUUGCUUGGUCCCACUGUGGAGACAGAGUCGAAAGUUAAAAGCUGGUUCGAAUCCACAAUUCAACAUAGUAACCUAGAUGACCUAACAGAGAAGAGCGAAAAGAGCAUAGAAGUCAGUUCCUUGGAAACUUCAUCUCUUAUGGAGGUAGACGAAACAGACCUCAAAGUAAUUACUAAUCAGCUGCCUAUUGAAACUGAAGAAAAACUUGAGAAGAAACCUCAGCGAGGUCGAAGGAAUUUGUGCAAAGCAACAGAAACUGAUGAGUCUGAUUUUACGUUUCAGAACUCAGCAGAAUUCAAUGCCAAAGUUGAGAUGGAGGUUGAGAGUGCCCAGGCAGAUAGCGUAAGUUCAAUAAUGCUAUUUGACAAGACCCCAGUGACCGAGCCAGCAAGGAUGUGUACCCGUUCCUCCACUGCAAGGGUGGAGCCUCACGGGUGUAGACCAGGCGUAGGUAUGAAAGCACCGCAACAAGACAAAACUAAAAGAGGAGCUUUUGGAGAGAAAGAGCGGGCCCCUUAUAAAACUGGGAGGCGUGGUGGAAAGAAUGCUGUGAAAAUAUUGCCAACAUCUAAUGACCAAAAUUUGUUACUAUUACAAAAUAAAUCCCCCACCAUUCUCAACACUGGUCAGAAGUCUAAAGAAAAUAACAUCAGCAUUCUGAAGGAUGAGCGAUCCAUGAUUUUAAGAUCGAGAAGCAAAAAACAGGAGCUCUUCCCGGCCAAAAGAAGAAGAGGAAAAAGGGGAAUGAAUUUUGUGCUGAAGAAACGGUCAUCCUUAAAGAAAAUUAUAGCAAACAAUUGCACUGCAUCUGACGCGUUUCAGAUGAUGCCAAAGGUCAGGAAAAGGGUGAAGCUUUCGAGCUCAGGUGUUGCAAUAAACGUGAAACCCACAGAACGGCCGUUGCAUUCUCUGAAGAGAAAAUCCAAUUUAAUUUCUCCAGUUCCAGCUAAAAAGAGGAACUUGAUCCUACAUGGAAAAAAGGCAAAGGAGCAGAAGUCAGAAACCCCAUCCAAUUUGUUCAAAAAAAUUAAGCCAAUCAAGAAGGAGAAAGUGAAGCUGACCAUCGCUGCAAAGAAGAAUUGCAAGGUCAUGCUAAGUGCGCCUUCAGUGCGAGUGGCCCCAGACGUUUGCUUGAAGAUAACAUCACGGUCGUCCUAUCAUGGGACCAUGAAAACAAAAGUUUUGCCACCUAGAAAGGGCAGAGGUCUUAAACUGGAAGCGAUUGUGCAAAAGAUGACCUCUCCUAAUCAAAAGAAGCAAGGUGUUGCCAUUGGAGGGAUGACCAAUGGCGUGUUGCCUAACAACAAUUCAAAUACUCUUACUCAAGCAAGGGAACUGCGAGACAGCAGCUUAAUAAUCACAGAUUCUGAAACCAAGAUGUUGAGUCAGGAGGUGACACAAAUCAAGGCCCCAAAGUCAGAGCCUGAAAUGCACACUGCUAGUUGUCGUAGUUCAAACAAUAGGUCCUUUAAAGGAAAACCUCUUUACAAGAAGAAAGUGACUACAAAUUCCCUGCAUGGCCAUGUUAGCACACUUACUGUGGCAAAGCCGGAAGGGAACUGUACAAGUACAAAAAGGCCAAAUGUUGUUCCUAAAAAAAAGUCUGGGAGAGGAAGAUCUAAAAGUUCUCAGAGCACUUCCAAGACGGCCGCGAAGAAGCUCCUGGGGGCUUCUCCUUCAGUGCUUCUUACUACCAGAGAUAAGGCUCUGUCAGAAAAUGCUCUGUUAGCCAAGAAGUGUCUGCCUAAUGAGUGCAAGCAUUUGAAACUCAAAGAGGGCUCUAGUCUGCCUGACGCGUCUGAGGAGACCUUGUCACAAACCAGAUCUAGGAAAAAAACUAAGUAUCCUAGUUUCAGUAGCUACACCAAGAGACAGCGUAAGUGUUCUCCUCGAAAUAAGUCCACAAGCCAAACUCCUACAACCAAGCGAAGGACAAAGAGGCAAAACAUCCCUCAUAUUACCCCCAAAGAGCCUGAAAUUAAACUGAAGUAUGUGUCCUGCAAACCAGUGCGAGCUGAAAGUAGAGUUCGGUUUUUCUCCCCAUAUGUUCAGGUAGAGAAACGAAAUGCAUUCACCACCACUUGCACUGUAAUCAACACCGCUGGGGAAGAGACCCGAUUUCUGAAGGAUAGAAGUGUGGUACACUCAUCGUCUCCAUCUGUCCCAUUUGACAACCAGGGCUCCCUACCCUUUUCCUCCAGAAUGCAGCUAGGGCCUCUAGUCUGCAAGUCUGUGAGCUCCGGUUGUCUCCUUUGCUGUUUGUGCCGUUGCCCGGCCAAUUAUAAAGACUUGGGUGAUCUUUGUGGGCCUUAUUACCCUAUGGACUGUUUACCUAACAAAAAAUCUAGACCGAAAGAUAAACACCAAACAGAGGAAACCUUGUUGGAGAAAUCCUCCAAGGUGGUGGUGGUGGAUUCCAUUUGCACAGCAGGCAGUGGGAGGACGUCUUGCAUGGACAGUGGCGCCACUGACCUGGUCAAACACAACACUCUACGCACCAGUGCCCGCGGAAUUUUUAGGAAGCUGCCCAGCUGUUACUGCUGUAAUAAAAAGGCAGAGGGAACAGAGACUGAGAAACCUAGGAAGCACCAGUGCAGCAAGACCACCGAACUUCACUCACUGGAGCCAGAGACACAAGAGCAUUGGGUUCACGAGGCCUGUGCUGUGUGGACCAGCGGAGUUUACCUGGUGGCUGGAAAACUGUACGGCAUCCAUGAAGCUAUUCAGAUGGCAGCCACAGCGCUCUGUCCUAGGUGUCAGAAGCUGGGAGCUACCGUGGGAUGCAACCACAAAGGAUGCACACAGACCUACCACUACGUAUGUGCCACGGAGGCAGGCUGCUUAUUAAGUGAAGAGAACUUCUCAUUAAGAUGUCUCAAGCAUAAGAGACACCUGGUGUAAUCAUCUUCAUAAGAGACAUCACCUAUCAUCACACCCUUGAUCUUUCAUUCAUCCCCCCCGCACCGACCCAGCGCCCGGCGGGGGAGAAUAAGCUGCCCUUCACCCUACAUAGCUGCAGCGGAAGUGCGGCAUAACAGCGGUGGCGGGAUAAGGAACAUACAGUGGAAAAAAUGGAUUCUGUGGCCUAUUUACACGUUUCCAACCCAGGGAUCUCGCCUCGCUCCCAUGGAACAGCAAAGAGGGCACUUGUAUCUGUGACGGCAUCCACAUGUGCACCAACAAUGUCAUUGGAUUUGAGUAGUGUGUUACUUUCCGUUGCUGACGGCGGGGGUUUCCGGGUUAUUUCGUGUGGCGGUAUGGGACAAGCCCGUGUUAGGGGAGCUCUUAAAUAAUCACUCUGUAAAAUCUCCGUAAAUUCAUUUGUUCACAGCCGUUGCCAACCUGACAAGAGAUCAAGUGCGACGUCCAGUAUUUGUAGUGUUCCAAUACCCGGCUCAACCUACUGGCACCGCGGCAAGGGCCGGAGGAUGACUCAGCUCGCUGACAAGAUGGCCGACACAAUGGCUCUAGGAACUUAUGUUGUCUUUGCGUCUCAGAUUGUGCAGCUGAAGGAGAUUUGUGCAAGUGAAAAGACAGAUUACUGCCAAACAAAAUGGGAUUUUUGAAUGUUAAGCCUAGCUGAUGUAUGUUACAUGUACUAAGACUACAUCACUGAUCCUGAUCUUACAGUCCCCAGUCAUAGCUGUUAUCACAGUGUCUUAAUUUGUCCUCCUUUGCUCUCAUUGGCUAUGUGGACCAACCUACCCUCCACACCUAUCUUCCCACCUCUUGCUGUGUCUCACUUAUUCUGGUUACUUUUCACAAAAAUUCUGGAGUGGAGCACAUUAGCAGCCACAAACUGCAGCAAGAACUGCAACUACUACUGCAAGGCCCACCGAGCCAUCUUCAGAGAGGCCAGCUGACCACUAAAUCACGUCAUUGCAGUGCCUCGGUGGCUCGCCACCAACGCGCAGGCCCUGCUGUACAUACAAAGUGUUUGACUAUGGACAAUGCCUCAUUUUAUGGUGUGUGUGUAUAUAUAUAUAUGUGUAUACAUAUGCAUAUAUAUAAUAUAUGAAGACUGUAAGUGUUUAACCCCGUAGCUGCUGGAAGCCCUGCAGACGUGUGUCUUUGCGCGCUCCCCCUGCAGCCGGAGAGUUAAAGCUAGUGUUCUUUUUAGUAAAACUGCUUCACACUGAAGACUGUGUGUACCGAGCUUUCUAAAAGAUGUUUAUUUUCUUUAAGAGUAAAAGAGGCUAUUGGGAAUGUCAAUAAAAUCUUCAAUGAACCAUU